AUGGCUGAGCGCCUAGUCCUGGCUUCCCAGCAACGCCGAAUGAAAGCCAUGACGGCCGCCGCGGGUUCGGCGGGCCGCGCCGCGGUGCCCCUGCUGCUGUGCGCGCUGCUGGCUCCCGGCGGCACGUACGUGCUCGACGACUCCGACGGGCUGGGCCGGGAGUUCGACGGCAUCGGCGCGGUCAGCGGCGGCGGGGCAACCUCUCGACUUCUUGUAAAUUACCCAGAGCCCUUUCGUUCUCAAAUAUUGGAUUAUCUCUUUAAGCCAAACUUCGGUGCCUCCUUGCAUAUUCUAAAAGUUGAAAUAGGUGGCGAUGGGCAGACAACAGAUGGCACUGAGCCCUCCCACAUGCAUUAUGCUUUAGAUGAGAAUUAUUUCCGAGGAUAUGAGUGGUGGUUAAUGAAGGAAGCCAAGAAGCGGAACCCUAAUAUUACACUCAUGGCAUUACCGUGGUCAUUCCCUGGAUGGUUGGGGAAAGGUUUCAACUGGCCAUACGUGAAUCUUCAGCUGACUGCCUACUAUAUCGUGACCUGGAUUGUGGGCGCCAAGCAUUAUCAUGAUUUGGACAUUGAUUAUAUUGGGAUUUGGAAUGAGAGGACAUUUGACAUCAGUUAUAUCAAGGUGUUAAGAAGAAUGCUGAACUAUCAAGGUCUCUACCAAGUGAAAAUCAUAGCGAGUGACAAUCUGUGGGAGCCCAUCUCCGCGUCUAUGGUGCUUGACCCCGAGCUCUUGCAGGUGGUGGACGUCAUAGGAGCUCAUUAUCCUGGCACCCGUUCGGUAAAGGAUGCGAGGUUGACUAAGAAGAAGCUUUGGUCUUCUGAGGACUUUAGCACUGUAAAUAGUGAUGUGGGCGCAGGCUGCUGGGGUCGGAUAUUGAAUCAGAAUUAUAUCAAUGGCUACAUGACUUCCACGAUUGCUUGGAAUUUGGUGGCUAGUUACUAUGAACAGUUGCCGUAUGGGCGUUGUGGACUGAUGACAGCCCAGGAGCCGUGGAGCGGGCACUAUGUAGUGGAAUCUCCUAUCUGGGUAACAGCUCACACUACUCAGUUUACUCAACCAGGGUGGUAUUACCUGAAAACAGUUGGCCAUUUAGAGAAAGGCGGAAGCUAUGUAGCUCUGACUGAUGGCUUAGGUAACCUCACCAUCAUCAUUGAAACUAUGAGCCAUAAACAAUCUAAAUGUAUAAGGCCUUUUCUUCCUUAUUUCAACGUGUCACAGCAACUUGCUACCUUCAUUCUCAAAGGUUCCUUUAGUGAAAUACCAGAGCUACAGGUGUGGUAUACAAAACUUGGAAUACAGUCUAAGGAAUAUCUAUUUAAACAGCUGGAAUCUAUAUGGCCCCUCGACAGCAACGGCAACUUCACCCUGGAGCUGCAGGAGGAUGAGCUGUUCACGCUCACCACUGUCACUACUGGAAACAAGGGCAGCUACCCGCCACCCCCCAGAUCCAAGCCCUUCCCGCAAUUCUACGAGGACGACUUUGAUGUCGAGUACCCAUAUUUUAGCGAAGCCCCGAACUUUGCCGAUCAGACUGGAGUAUUUGAAUACUUCAUGAACAUUGAAGAUCCCGGAGAGCAUCGCUUCACCCUCCGCCAGGUUCUCAACCAGCGGCCCAUCACCUGGGCUGCGGACGCCUACAACACCAUCAGCGUGAUAGGGGACUACAAGUGGUCCGAUCUGACCGUCAGGUGUGAUGUUUACAUAGAGAACCCUGACAAUGGAGGCGUGUUCAUUGCAGCAAGAGUAAAUAAAGGAGGCAUUUUGAUCCGAAGUGCCAGAGGUAUUUUCUUCUGGAUUUUUGCAAAUGGAACCUACAGAGUUACAGGUGAUCUAGCUGGAUGGAUCAUCUAUGCUUUAGGACAUGCUGACGUGACUGCGAAAGAAUGGUACACGCUCACCCUAACUGUGAAGGGUCAUUUCGCUUCUGGCAUGUUGAAUGACGAGUAUCUCUGGCAAAACAUCCGUGUGAACUUCCCAAAGAAUGGCUGGGCUGCCAUCGGAACACACUCCUUUGAACUUGCCCAGUUUGACAACUUCUUUGUGGACACACAGCAACAGUAGAACAUGCUGUGGGUUUUCUCUUUGGUUUUGGUUCAGAGCCAGUUCUUGUUUUGAUGGACCAAUAGAUGGGCCAUAGGAGGCAUAAAAGAAAGAAGAAGGAAUGGUUUGGAUUGAUCCUCUGGAAGGAUAUUUGCGAACCAGAAACAGAUGAAUCUUUAACACCCCCGAUGGGCGCCCUGAGACUCACACUGUACUCUUUCCCUAUCCUCAGGAGGGUUUGGCUGCUUUAGCCUUGCGGCCGCAGCCAUGACACUGCACUAGCUUUCUUCACGGUACUCGCAGGUGACCAUGCAGUUGGCACUAACUCGGCUAGUGUACAGGCGCCUGUUUUUAACACUGGCUGUGGCCUCGUCUCAGCUGCUGAAACGGGAAGCCGAAGGACCCUGGAAGUGCUGCCUUGUGAAAACCACCUCAACAGGUUAUAGGGACACUCUAAAAAGGGUUUUUUCUUUUCUUUUAAAGGUGACACUUUUGAAUUAUAGAUGUAGUGAUUGGGAAGACUUAAAAUUGCCUGGUUAACAAACUACCUCUGAUGCUUUUUCUGCAAUAAAAAUAUCAGAUUACUAGCAGA